AUAUCCACCACGACCACCUUCACGCUGCAGGCGACGACGCCCAGCGCCGCUCGGCGACAUGGCCUCUGCCUCAUCAACACCUGCGCACUCGCAUCCACUCUCGCAGGAGGAUGUUUCGUCGCGAGGCCGCCGGUCGCGCGGUAAACCGAGCGAGGAUAGCCCGCGGCCCUCACCCGACUACUUCGCUCUCAAAGCCAAGUUAGAUGACUCAGCCGAGAAACAAACGAAGUACACGAAUGCAAACUGGGACGGGAGCGUGCGUGGCAAGGGCAGCCGCAGGUCGGUGAAGCCGCCACCGCUCAUCGUGGUGGAGUCGUCGAGCGAGGAUACCGUGACUAACCUCGCCGCCAAGUACGACAUCCUGACAGAUUCACUACCGGAGCACAUCAGCGGACUGUUCGAGCCCGGCGCUACAUCCCAGAUCCUGACUGCUCCAUGGCACGAAUACUCGGACGAUGCAAUACGCGCGGCAGCAUCCAAAUUCGCGACGGACGACGCGUCUUCACGCGAGCCGUGCUACACAAUCAUGCGCGUCCUCUCGCACGCGGUCCACAACCUGACGCGGGCCAGGCAGCAACUGGAGGAGAGUAGACGCGCGCUCUUGGAGAAGGAGACGGCGCGGAAGGAGCGUGUUAGCCAACUACUGCGCGAGUUGCAGCCCUCCGAGAAGGAGGUCGCCAACCGCGUUUUGCAAUCGCUCUUCCCAAAUGAUGAUGAGGGUACCCACCGUGUACACCGCAUCCAGAAGCAGCAGAGUCUCAUGUCUCUGGCAGAAUCUCUGACCGAAGCGAUUGAAGACGAAGUGUCUAUCUCGCGGAGUGUCCCGAAGGACGAUGCUACGCCGAUGGCGGCCACCCUUCCUGUGCCCACUGAGCCCCCUCCGCGGUCUGCCGCCGCCACCCCAGGGAGUUCCUCGGCUUCACCACGUCUUGAGCCACGCGUUUUGGACGCUGCGAAGGGCGACAUUCCUAGCGAUGCAUCAUCCGCGAACGACACACUGAAGGCCGACAAGGCGUUCUUUGGGGACUGGGUAGGAACGUGGUGGGUCAAGGGCAAGACGAAGGCUCCGCGACUACCAUUCCCGUCCGAUGACGACUCCGAAUCUAUCAAAGAGAGCCCAUCGCUAGUACCGCAAGCCGAUGUCGAUGAUGUUUCUCCUGCACCGUCCAUUCCACAGACACCGAAUAGACCAACGAAGCGGAAGCCGACCAGAAGUGUCUUUGGUACGCUGGGGUUCUCGAUACUCAACCCCGGGGCUACUACCUCAGCCGCCGUCAAGAAGAGGCGGAACAUGUCGGUUACGGAUAUCUCUGCCUUUGACCCUCCUCUCGAACGACCGGAAGUGCUUGCAGCGAAGUCAGCCCAUGUAACCCCCAUGAGCAGUCCUCUUUUGUCUCCUAUGGCUAUGCCUUCCGACUUGUCGGGCGUCGCAUCGCCCUUUAAUGUUUUGUCCCCCUCUCAGAGCGUGAGCUUACCGGACGAGAAACCUCCUCAAGGAGCCUCGCUCGUGGCGAUCGUGCAGGCGACCCGGGUCAUGUCGGCAGACCCAAGUAGCAUUCUGGCGGACAUGGGUCGGGAAACUAGUCCCGUCAUCGCACAGAUGGCUUUCGACCUCGUCCGCAACGCGCGGGAGGAGAAGCUAGACUUCCGCGCGCGUCCCAAGGAGAAGAAGGAACGCAAGGCUCCUGGUCCAGUGAAGCAUGACGCCGAUUCAUCUCCUGGGGACCUUGAUGCGACACCAAUGCCGUCGCGGACUCUCGGUGCUGCGCUGAUUGCACGUCAAGCUCCGAAGGGCCGCAAGCCCAGCGUCAUCCUACCUUCCUUUGCGUCUCCUCUGUUUGGCUCCUUCGUUACACAACAGCAGAAGAAGCCCGCGAAUCCAACUGACGGUCCGCAGUCAGGUACCACGGGCGACGCCUCACAGGCUUCCAACUCCAUCGUACCGCCUUCGACAACCGCGAGAAAGCCUGGUUCGGUGCCGCUCGAGUCUAUCAUUCCUGGCCACUCGAAGCCACCCACGCAAUACCUGUCGCGACAGUACACACCCCUCACCGCCCGCGACUUCCACUUCUCCAUUUCUCUCCCUGACGCCUCCCUCUCUGCCUUGUCGGAUGAGCAAAGCCAUGAAGGCCUGACCGACCGCUUCGGCUUCAUCUACGACGUCUCGCGUUACGACGUCCUGCUCCUGCUGCGCGCCAAGGAAUGCAAGAACACCGCCCCCGCGUGCCUGACAGGCAUCAAGGUCGCGGAUCGCAAGGAGGACAACUCCUGGCCAGAGGAAGACGAAGACGCCACCGCCGAUGUCAUUGAGAUCGUCAAGGAGCCGUGCGACUGUGACGGGGACGACGGCGCAGACACGCUGAGCAUCAACUCCACCAGCACCCGCCCGACGGUGCGCAGCAUGCCGCCCGUCGAUGGCACGUCUGUGUCUUCGCAGCGAUCACGCGGGGCGUCACCCGCGUCGACUCGGGCCAGGAAACGGACAUCAACACUGCUCAGCGGCACGACGACAGCGACAUCUGCGAGCAGAUCGACGUCGUCAGUGCUCUCGGUCGACUCGGAGACGCCGCGCCACGUCUGCGCGAACACGAUCCGCCGACUGCUGGCACAGCUGACGGACAUCCACGACCAGCGGCAGGCGGCGCAGCGCAAGGAGUGGGAUCUGUUUCUCAAGAACCGGAGCAAGGCUGUCGCGAGCAAGGCGGCGUCUCUGGGCAGCCGCAACGCGCCAUCGGGCGGAGGCGGUGCGGCACAGCUCCUCGGGCUGGGAACCGCGGACGAGGCGGAGGAACUCGAGCACAGCGAGGGCCUGAUUGGCUUCGCGCAGUUUGGCCUUUCGUCGCGCAAGGACGAGAAGCGGGAGUUCGACCGGCUUGUCCGCAAUGGGAUCCCGCUGGCGUACCGGUCGAAGGCGUGGCUCGAGUGCAGUGGCGCGCUGGACAUGCGCGAGCCGGGCCUGUUCGCGGAUCUUUUGACGGAGUGCGAUGCGUCGAGCAGUGUCGUGCGAGAGAUCGAGAAGGACGUAUGCAGGACGAUGCCGUUGAAUAUCUUUUUCGGCCGGACGGGCGCUGGGGUCGAGAAGCUGCGCCGAGUUCUUAUGGCAUACAGCAAACGCAAUCCUUCUGUUGGAUAUUGUCAGGGCAUGAACCUCGUUACCUCCACUCUUUUGCUCGUACACGCGGACGAAGAGGAGGCCUUUUGGGUUCUUGCAGCGAUGAUCGAGCGCCUCCUCCCAGAAGAUUUCUUCUCACCUUCGCUGCUUAGCUCUCGAGCAUGUCCAUUGGUACUGCUCGACUACGUGCAGGACCUCAUGCCGAAGCUGUCUGCCCACCUCACGGAGCUUGGCAUCGACCUCGGCGCCAUUUGCUUCUCGUGGUUCCUUUCGUUGUUCACUGAUUGUCUUCCGGUUGAGACGUUGUUCCGAGUGUGGGAUGUCUUCAUGGUGGACGGUGUCGAUGUCCUCUUCCGCAUUGCGUUCGCCGUCUUGCGCGUCAACGAGCAAGAGCUUAUGCGGUGCACGUCAAUCCCUGCCGUCUACGUCGCGCUGGAAAGUCUUCCGAAUCGCAUGUGGGAGGCGGAUAAGCUACUCCAGACGGAGGCCGAGCUACGGAGCUCGAUCACACAUGCUGACAUCGUCAAGCGACGCGAGUCACAUAUCGCGCAGCUGCGCGAAUUCAUGGCCUAGAUUUAUGCUACUUGGAGAUAAUGCAUUGUAGAUAUGUACGUUUUAUAUGGGGACAUUUCGUCAAGUUUGAGCAUUAGCAGCAUUAGGAAUGUACACUAUACCUCAAUCUCACACAAGGAGUAAUUGC